GAUUAUUACGCCUGCAGUGUUCAGCAAUGGCUGACAGCACGGAUGAAACAGUACUAGCAGCUUCUAAACAAGAGGAAAUUUACAACUAUCGAAGGAGGAUUAAACGCUCUCCUGAGGAAGAGGCGAGAUUAGAAAAAGAGCAUUUUUGGAAUAUCAUUAAUGCGUUUAAAUAUUACAGAAUUCAUGUUCAUGAACGCGUGAAUCGAGCCGAGAGGCAUUUCCGAUGCCUUCCAGAUCAUCACCAAAAGCUUCUGACAAACUUCCUUCCCAACCUGUCUAAAAUCCGCUACUGUAUUGACCGAAACCAGGAGGUGCUGCAGGCCAUAGUGCACAACUGCAUCUAUAUGUUUGAGAACAUGGAAUAUGGAGAGGAUAACUUUUCCAAAGAGGACCCAAGAAAGGUACGGCCUGCCUCGACUUUUGACAUGGACAAGCUGAAGUCUACCAUUAAGCAGUUUGUACGGGACUGGAGUGAAGCAGGGAAAGCUGAAAGGGAUACCUGCUAUAAACCUCUCGUAGAUGAAAUCCAGAGGCUUUUCCCACCUGACCAAUGUGAUGUUUCUCAAAUCAGAGUGUUGGUGCCAGGAGCAGGUCUGGGUCGGCUGGCAUGGGAGAUUGCUAAUCUGGGUUAUUCGUGCCAAGGGAACGAGUGGAGCUUCUACAUGCUCUUUUCCUCUAAUUUUGUUCUGAAUAGGUGUGAUGGAGAGAAUACUUUGACUGUGUAUCCCUGGAUUCACCAGUUUAGUAAUAAUAAAAAGGCCUCGGAUCAGACGAGACCCGUGUCUUUCCCAGAUGUCAACCCCCAGAGUCUUCCGCCAGACUCUGACUUCUCUAUGGUAGCUGGAGACUUCCAGGAAGUAUACACUGAUCCAGAUAUUUGGGAUUGUGUUGCCACAUGUUUCUUCAUUGACACUGCCCACAAUGUUCUUGAUUACAUUGAAACCAUCUGGAAUAUUCUAAAACCUGGUGGUGUCUGGAUGAAUUUGGGUCCGCUGCUCUACCACUUUGAGAAUAUGGCCAAUGAAUUGUCCAUUGAGCUAAGCUAUGAGGAUAUAAAGGCUGCAAUUUUAAAAUAUGGAUUUGUUCUGGAGUUGGAAAAAGAGUCUGUGGCCAGCACAUACACAGAGAACGAUCGCUCCAUGCUCAAGUACCUUUAUGACUGUGUCUUUUUUGUCGUUCGGAAACCAGCAGAUCAGUUGAUCAAUGGAGAUAAGACACCUACAGAUGACCAGACUGAAGAUUGUUUACACACAGGAAGCACAGAGAAGAAUACAACAUUAAGCUGAGAAGACUGAAACUUUGUAUUAAUUGUUGACCCGUGGUCUUAUAAUAAACUGUAAAAUGUAUUUUUUUUAACCAUGAAUGCCAGCAUUAUAGCAAAAUCCUGGUAACCGAACAAGAUUGGAGUUUUAAUGUAUAUGGAAUUAUUUCACAUAUUUACCAAAAAUAUUUGUCAGUGUCUCACUUUGCAUUGUUCUCAGGUUUUGGGUGCUGCUUUACAUCCCACAAAUGAUACAUCUAACUUUUUACAUUUCAGUGUUUUCAUAAAGAGACAUUUCACUCAACAUUAAAGUUAUUUAUUAAUUAGUCUCCAUCAUGUAAUUCCAAACUUGUAUGGCUUACUGUUUUCUGCUGAUCAGAAGAUGAACAUUAACCCCCAAACCACAGAGACAUUUCUCGAAAUAUAUUUUGUGUUGUGCAGAAGAAAGUCAGUGUGGGGCAAAAACGUGAGGCUGAAUAAAGGUUGAUAUAAUUUUUAUUAUUGCGUGAACUAUGCCUUUAAGCUUAUUUACAUUAUUACAGAUUUCCUUUAAUAACUCCAUCCUCUCUGAGGGACUUUGUUGGCUAUUAAAAUUGUAACAGUUGGUAGCAAUGAAAUAAGUUGUUUUAAACUUAACAGUUUGUGAUUAUGGUGUGCAUAUGAUGCAAUAAAAUUGU